CGCUGUUUUUUGUCGACCAGCAUCGGGUGACCUCGUUUCGGUAGCUGAUUACGUAUCUCAGCCGAGAUUAUCCGCGUCGCUGCAGAUAGAGCUGCUUUGUUUUGUCUGUUUUCUUUUUCCCGACAGCUCCGGCGUCAGCGGCUAACCGGGAAUAUCAGGGAGUGGAAAGGAGAGGCUCCGAACAUGUGGUCUUCCAGGCUAUCGCAGUUGAUGGAACCUCCGCCGACGGCGUCUCGCGGACGCGAAAGUGCCGGGCAAAGCCCCUUGUCACCCAACGCCUCUCGCCGUCUGCGGCGAAAGUCAGCACAGGGCGGGGCUACUCCUCGUGCCGGCGGAAGUUCUGCGAGCACCGGGUUAGUUGAGGGGCGACGUAGUGCCGCAGCGUCACCGGAAAAUGGAGCCUCCGCGACGGCGGCUCAGAACGUGUCGUCUCUUCGGCAGCAAUAUGAGCCGGUGUGGACGGCGUUUUCCGAGUAUGUGCAGAACUACUUCUCUAGUACUUCGAAGGCACGGCAGGACACUAACGGCGUAGGAGAAAAAUCCCAGGCAGUAACAGGAGAAGGCAACCGGGACUCCAAGGACAAAAACUAUGUAGAGGUCGAAACGGAAAGGGAAACCGAAAGCGCAGAAGCACUGCAACGACGGGUGGCCGAACUUGAAAGUAUAUAUAAUGUUCUUUCUCCUUCGUGUUUUCAGGAAGGAAUUUAGUAUGAGCUGCCAACUUGUUGACAUGUAUGUAUAUGUUCUCACACAAAAGCUGCAAGGUUGUUGAAAGCAAGUAAAUCUGACUCGUCUUCUUGCUCAAAAAAGGUGAGGUUGAGUUUCUCGGAGACACAGCCGGCGCGCUGCGGCGCACCAUGGACGAAAUUCAUCGGGAAAAGGAAGAAAUUGCGGAUAUCUGGGCCCGGGUGGACGAACUAAUAACUGUGCGGCAGCUGCUGCCAGACCGGCCGGAAUCGCCGCCACCGGACUCUCCGCGUUCGCCAUGGUCCUGGGGCGGAGGGGCGAGAGCACCCUAGAUAUUGUAGUGGCGUCAAGAUGGAGUGGAUGCAUCUGUCGGGAGCUCAUCAACAUGCGAAGAGACUUGAAAAUGUGAUGGCGUUCUUGGCCUGCUCACAACUUCCUGAAUUUCGUGAUUGGCAGUUGCAUUUGCAAUGAUCCUAAGUAACAAGCUCGCCUUGACGUGGCAGAUCAAGAUCAAAUUUAAAAAAUUGAGUCAUGAUGUUCCCUUUUUGUCCUUGUAAGUUUU